AUGUCAUCUCUCCAAGACUACGACCUUCGCCAACGACGGUUUGCCCCGCUCAACCCAGCCAACCGUGAACCAACUAAGGCACCUCAAUUAAAAGGCAUUGUAUUCGACGUCGACGGCACAUUAUGUCUUCCGCAAAACUACAUGUUCGGCGAGAUGCGUGCAGCCUUGGGCAUCAGUAAAUCAGUCGACAUUCUACAUCACAUCCAUAGCCUCCCCACAGCUGAGGAGCAGCUCGAGGCGAGUAACAAGAUCAAGGCUAUUGAGCGCGAGGCAAUGCAGCACCAGGAACCCCAGCCUGGACUGGUAGAGUUGAUGGAGUACCUACGAGAUAAGGGGAUCAAGAGGGCUCUGUGUACGAGAAAUUUUGAACUGCCUGUCAUGAAUCUACUCCAGAACCAUCUGCCAGAACAUAUCUUCCUUCCUAUCAUUACCAGGGAGACACCUGGGUUGUUGCCGAAGCCUGACCCUGCAGGGCUCUUGCAUAUUGCGAAUGAGUGGGGCCUGGAGAACCGGAGUGAAAGUUUAAUCAUGGUCGGUGACAGCGUCGAUGAUAUGACGGCCGGCCACACCGCAGGCGCGGCAACGGUUUUGCUGCUCAACGACCAUAACGGCCACCUGAGAGAGCAUACGCACACAGAUCUGGUUAUUGAGAAGCUGCAUGAACUCAUUGACAUUCUGGAAAAUGGGUUCGUCGGGCAGAGAACCCGCGUGGAGCAGCCUUCCGCUCACGGGUAA